AUGGUACAGACGGUCAAGAAACUAUUGCAAAAAGCUGACGAUCCAUAUUUAGCGCUCCUAGCUUACAGAGAUACCCCGGGACAUGCUGGAAAGAGCCCAGCGGAAAUUUCCAUGGGUAGAAGACUACGGACGAGAGUUCCUGUGUAUGGAAAUCUCCUUCAACCAAGACAUCAAGCCUUCGCAAAAUUUCGACAGGAAGACAAAAGAGUUCGUCAGAAACAACGGCAACACUAUAACCGGAGGCACGCUGUCAAGGAACUUCGUCUGCUAGAGCCCGGAGAGAAGGUGUGGGUCAAGGACCUGAAGAAAAGUGCAACGGUCGAACAGUAUGCAGGGACACCUCGCUCGUACUUGGUUCGAACUGUGAGAGGGUGCUUCAGAAGGAACCGAAGAUACCUGGUACCGCUAGGUUCCACUGCGUCGGACUCUACGAGGACUCUGCUUCACCUUCCUGUUCUACCCUGCACAAGUCCGGUCGACAACGCAGGAGAGCGUCGUACUCCUGGUUUGGAAACCCCAAGAGUCGAACGUCCCACUCCUGUCAGUCAAGGCGACAGAACGCCCGUAGCAGUAACAAGAUACGGACGUAGAGUGUACCAGCCGGUAAGAUUAGGAAUUGAAAAGUGA